AUGCCUUCGGAUCUCUGCCCAGUUUACGCGCCCUUCUUUGGUGCUUUAGGAUGUUGCUCCGCCAUCAUAUUCACAUGUUUUGGUGCUGCCUAUGGAACGGCUAAGGCCGGUGUGGGUGUUUGCUCAACCGCUGUCCUGCGCCCUGAUUUGAUCGUCAAGAAUAUUGUUCCCAUCGUUAUGGCCGGUAUUAUCGGUAUCUACGGGUUGGUCGUAUCAGUCUUGAUAGCAAACGAUCUGCGCCAGGAUUUGGCACUUUAUACUGGAUUCAUCCAACUUGGUGCAGGUUUGGCAGUCGGUCUUGCUGGGUUAGCUGCAGGCUUUGCUAUUGGUAUUGUUGGUGAUGCCGGUGUCCGUGGAACAGCACAACAACCACGCCUCUUUGUAGGAAUGAUCUUGAUUCUCAUUUUCGCUGAAGUCUUGGGUUUGUACGGACUUAUUGUCGCACUUCUCAUGAACUCCCGCUCAACACAAGGAGUCAGCUGCUAG